CUCUGUGACUCCCUCUCUCUCGCAUAUGAUCUGUACUUCACUUCCUUCCAGCUGAAGCAGGAGAUAACAGCACGCUACAUACAGUUAGCACAAAAGAAGAAUCGGAGAAGAAAAGGAAGAGACGGCUGUGGUUUCUGUAGAUCAGAAGAACGCUGCUCCCUGUGACUUCAGUAAGAGAGAGAGUCUGAGGCCAGCUUCAGCAGCAAGCUACCUUGAGUUAAAGCUUCUGCCUGGCUGCCACAUCCAGCGAUGAGUCGAAGGGAGGCUCUGGUGGGAAACCCUGCACCUAGUGCGGCGCCUGAGGUAUCGGGCAACAGCACAGAGGCAGCAGGACCCGGUCCCCACGAGACCAAAGAUGAGAUGUUCUCCAAAGUCAAAGACAAGUUCAUGAAUGAACUGCACAAAAUCCCACUGCCAUCAUGGGCCAUCGUCGCCAUUGCAUUUGUUGCUGUUGUACUAGUUGUUUCCUGCUGCUUCUGCAUCUGCAAAAAGUUGAUAUUCAAGAAGAAGAACAAGAAAAAGGGCAAAGACAAGGGCAAGAAUGCCAUCAACAUGAAGGACGUCAAGGAUGGUAUCAAAACCGAGGCCUUGAAGGAUGAGGAUGAUGCGGAAACAGGGCUGACGGAUACAGAGAAAGAGGUGGAGCCUAAGGAAGAAGAGAAACUUGGCAAAUUACAGUACUCCUUGGAUUACAAUUUCACAGAGAAUACGUUCAUAGUGGGGAUCAUCCAAGCAGCAGAGCUGCCUGCCAUGGAUAUGGGUGGCACUUCUGACCCCUAUGUAAAGGUCUACCUUCUUCCAGACAAGAAGAAGAAAUUUGAGACCAAGGUCCACCGGAAGACGUUGAAUCCUGUUUUCAAUGAGCAAUUCACCUUUAAGGUUCCCUACACUGAGCUUGGAGGGAAAACUCUGGUGAUGACGGUAUAUGACUUUGACCGCUUCUCCAAACAUGACGCCAUUGGAGACGUGAAGGUGCCUAUGAAUAAGGUCGACUUUAGUCAUGUGACUGAAGAGUGGAGGGACCUCCAGAGCGCUGAGAAAGAAGAGCAAGAGAAGCUGGGUGACAUCUGUUUGUCUCUGCGGUAUGUGCCCACUGCUGGCAAACUGACCGUGGUCAUUCUGGAGGCCAAGAACCUGAAGAAGAUGGAUGUUGGUGGCCUGUCAGAUCCUUACGUCAAGAUUCACCUGAUGCAGAACGGCAAGCGGCUGAAGAAGAAGAAGACGACAAUCAAAAAGAACACCCUUAACCCUUACUACAAUGAAUCUUUCAGUUUCGAAGUGCCAUUCGAACAAAUCCAGAAAGUUCAAGUUGUUAUAACUGUUCUGGACUAUGACAAGAUUGGCAAGAACGAUGCCAUCGGCAAAGUGUUUGUGGGCUUGAACAGCACAGGCACCGAGAUCCGUCACUGGUCAGAUAUGCUGGCCAACCCGAGGAGACCCAUCGCUCAGUGGCACGUGCUCAAGCCGGAGGAGGAAAUAGAUGCCCUGCUGGCAGCUCAGAAAAAAUAGAGCAGCCCCAAGACCAACCACCCCCCCCCUUCCCAAAAACCUGCCCGUGUAGUGCUCUUUACCCAGUGCGUGUAAAUACCUCAGUGAUAUAAGGAUUCAUGCACCAUCACUCCUAAUUUCGUGUCUCGGACCACCCCCUUGAGAUGUUGUGUUGUUACGUCGGUUUCGACCCCUCGCCCCCUUCCUUCCUUCCGUCGAUAAACUCUCUCUGUCCUUUGUUGUUUCAUCUCCAUCCACGACCUUAAAAGUCCCCGACCAAAUGCCCCCUUCUUUUAAGCAAUAUGAUCUGUAUAGAUAGAGCAUGACUGGAGGAAUUUAUUGUACUGUACCACAGGUGUAUAUAUCAGUAUGCAGACGAAAAUGAUUUCUAGUUUAUGUGUUUGUAUGUUGUUACCCGUUUCCUAAACUGUGUAUAUCUUGAUGUUUUUAAUAAGAUGUUCUAUUUUAAAUUAUGUAAAUGCAUAGAAGAGCCAAUAUUAUAUAUAACGGGAUUUAAGAGUUUUACCUUAUUGCAUUCCACUAAAGUAUACGAUAUAUCUCCUAUAUAAAUAUUUACGAGUUAAAGAAUUCCAACCUGCAAAACGCUAGUGGAGGUACACUCACUUCUUAAAGGACGGUUUGCGCUUCAUGUUUACGUAAAAAAAAAA